AUGGGUGUUCGUCUUGUUAUUUUGGCCGUUUUCGCCAGUAUCAUUGUGAUUAAAGCUGAGGCCAAGUCGACCGAAGGUAUCCAGAAGAUGAAAACCGAGAAGCGCUACCUGAGAAAUUACGGCAUGGGCGAUGCGGGCAUGGUGGACAGCACUAGCGACGAAGAACGGGCGGCGAUCAUUGACUCGAAAACAAUCCCGAGCCUCUUAAAAGUAGACCCAGAGGACAUCGUGACUACUCUAAAGAGGUACAACUUGGAUAACUUGUUCGAGCAGUUGGCGAAAGAAGAAAAUAAUGCGAAGGCCAUUAUCGCGAAGCUAUCAGCGAACGGGAAAAUUGUCCAGAACAUGGAGAUUAUUGAUAAACUCAACAAUGCAAGAACAGCCGUACAAUUCAACCAAAAUCUGACUCCUUGGCUCGACACAAAGCUCUUGGAUGAUUUAGCAUCAGCGAUGGAAGUUUCCGGUACAAAACCAAUGACGCGUCAAUUCACGGAGUGGUAUAAAAGCGGAAAAACUCCCGAUGAGUUCAGUGCAGCGAUUGCGACUAUUUCGAAUGUAGACAAAAGCAAGAGAUAUGCUGCGUUCGAUGCCCUCUUCAGAAGUUUCGUCCAAAAGGAAGAGAAGAACGCCAAAAAGGCUGCCGAAGCUGCAGCAAAAAGGUGGCAGAAGCUGUUGCAACUGCAUAGAGCUGUUCACAGUGCGAGUUAA